AUGGAAAAGUCCUUCUGCUACGCCAAUCAUAUCACUCUGCAACUUAAGUUUCUGAUGGGAACUCCUCCGGUGAACUCGUUGCCAGUAGCAUACCAAGCAUGGACAAGCCUAGCAGUGCCGGAUUGGCUCAACAAAGGAGACAACGCAUGGCAAAUGGUGUCCGCCACCUUGGUCGGGAUUCAGAGCAUGCCGGGCCUCGUCAUUCUCUACGGAAGCAUCGUCAAAAAGAAAUGGGCCGUCAACUCCGCCUUCAUGGCUCUCUACGCUUUCGCCGCCGUCGUCAUCUGCUGGGUCACGUGGGCCUACAAGAUGUCGUUCGGGGAGAAGCUGCUGCCGUUUUGGGGCAAGGCCGGGCCCGCCCUGGGCCAGAGGUUUCUGAUAAAGCAGGCGGCGCUGCCCGCCACGCCGCACUAUUACAGUAACGGUGAUUUGGAGACUGCGGAGAUUGAACCGUUUUACCCCAUGGCUACUAUGGUGUGGUUCCAGUGCGUGUUUGCGGCGAUUGCGCUUGUGAUCUUGGCUGGCUCGGUUCUGGCUCGGAUGAACUUCAAGGCGUGGAUGAUGUUCGUCCCGCUCUGGCUCACUUUCUCUUACACCGUUGGCGCUUUUAGUUUGUGGGGUGGAGGCUUCUUGUUCCACUGGGGUGUCAUGGACUACUCCGGUGGUUAUGUCAUUCAUCUCUCUUCUGGAAUUGCUGGCUUCACUGCUGCAUACUGGGUGGGGCCAAGAUCGAAGAAGGACAGAGAGAGAUUCCCGCCAAACAAUGUGUUACUAACGUUGGCAGGUGCGGGGCUGCUAUGGCUGGGAUGGGCGGGUUUCAACGGCGGAGAUCCGUACGCGGCAAACACGGACUCAUCGAUGGCGGUGCUGAACACCAACAUUUGCGCCGCCACCAGCCUCCUCGUAUGGACGUGGUUGGACGUUAUUUUCUUCAAAAAACCCUCAGUUAUUGGAGCCGUUCAAGGCAUGAUCACUGGCCUUGUCUGCAUCACUCCCGCAGCCGGUCUGGUUCAAGGAUGGGCUGCCAUAGUGAUGGGAGUGCUUUCAGGGAGUGUGCCAUGGUUCAGCAUGAUGGUGUUGGGAAAAAAGUGGAAAAUAUUUGAAAUGGUUGAUGACACCCUUGCUGUGUUCCACACUCAUGCUGUGGCUGGCCUUCUUGGAGGAAUACUCACUGGCCUAUUCGCUGAGCCACGUCUAGGCGCACUCUUUCUUCCUGUCGCCAACUCCAGAGGAGGAAUCUAUGGAGGCCCUGGAGGAGUCCAGAUUCUUAAGCAAAUUGUCGGAGGUUUGUUCAUCAUUGGGUGGAACCUUGUGGCCACUUCAAUCAUUUGUGUGGUUAUCAAUUUCAUAGUUCCACUCAGAAUGACCGAGGAAGAGCUUCUCAUAGGGGAUGAUGCAGUUCAUGGGGAAGAGGCUUAUGCACUGUGGGGUGAUGGAGAGAAACUUAGCAUCUACAAAGAUGAUACUACACACCAUGGAAUCGUGUCCAGUGGUGCCACUCAGGUCGUCUAA